AUGGGCUUCUUCGACCAAGCUAACACGACGCUGGAGACGGUAUGGUUCGCCGUGCUGGCUGCCGUUUCGCUGCUCUGCUUCCCGUUCGGAAUCUGGAUGGGCCGCCGCUUUACUAUCCUCGCUGCGAAGCUCGUGCCGGUGGUUUGUCUGCUGCUGGCUUAUGAGAACCUCGUCUUAGCUCUGAGCAAUGUGCUGUCGGACGACUCAAAGUUCGUCCAGAUCGGGAGAACAACGCGCGCUGCGGUCAUCCCGCUGUUCUUGGUGGUGACAUUCGAGGUGGCGUACGCUGUACACAAGCGCCGCUCGGUCCAGUUCUGCGGCAUCGUGUUCGACCAAGGUCACCGGCGGGGCGUGGAGCCGUGUUCCUGGGUUCUUCGCAACUUCGUGGGCAUCGUGUCGGUCUUGCUCUUCGUGGUGCAUAUCCUCGUGAACUACGACAUCGGAAUCGGGGACGACAACAAGGCGGGGGGCACAGGCCUUGUGGAAACCCAAGACGCGAGCCUGCACCUUCUUCUCGCGCUGCUGCCGACGACGGGCAUGACGGCGCUCGCCCUCUACAUCGCGGUGUACAUGUGGAAGUACGGCAACCACGCGUCGAUCGUGGUCCAGUCGACGGUGUGCAACGGCUGGAUGUUUCUCUUUCUCGGAACGCUGGCGUUGUUGGGGGGUCAGGUUCCACCGGAGUGGUGCUUCCGGGUGGUGAACGAGACGGGGCAAGUGCUGUUUCUCCUGUCGGUGAUUGCCAUCGGUCGUGAGAUUGGAAGAGAAGUGCAGGCGGCCGACAACUUCUCUCACUUCCUGGAGAAAGAGAACGAGUUGGAAAGCGGGGGCGGCGGAGGAGGAGGAGCAGCGGCGGGUGCGGCGGCGUCGGCUACCUCUGCCGUCUUGAGGAGUCACCGCCCGGAGGCGCGGAGGCCAUCGGCGGCGACGGCGUGGCUGGGGGACUCGCCGGGGACGGCAGUAACCGGCUCGGGAACGGGCAUGAGACAGCGGGGGCAGAAGGAGGAGGAGGAGGAGGUGGACGAGGAGGGGGCGAGGCGCAGAGAUAGACGAGAGAGAUCGGGCGGGCUGGAAGUGGCGGAAGGGCUUGGGAGUGCGGCAGCUGGCGCUGUGGGUGAUGAUGACGUGGAAGGGGACGGGUACCACCGCCGCGGAGAUGGCAUCGGCGCCGAUGGCAACGGCAGUGGGAUCGGUAGAGAUAGUCUUGACGACGUCACGCGGAUCCGAAGGCCUAGGUCUUCGUCGAAGGGUUUAGAAAGAGGAGGGGGGCCAAGGUCGCAUAGCUUCCUCCAGCCGAAGAAGGGCCCCGCGUUGCUGCUCGAGGCUGCCGACGGAGAAGGGAAUUUUCUCUCCGGGUAACGGGGGAGAGCGGGGCCGGACGAGGGCGGGAGGGGUAGCAGCGGCGCCAGCCUUCGUACUGGGGGAGGGGGGGGUCAAGGGUGGAUCAUUCGUCUGGAGCUACAAUACUCGGCACCUUCCAAAGUCUGACUGUUUUGGGGAUCUUCAUAAUACCGCGUUGUUCGUGGUGUUUUAUUUUUCGGCCCUUAAUUUCUCUUCGGUUUCGGUUUUGCAAAACGUGUGGCACUGCUGUCUUUGGGGUUUAGUCGGCCUGUCACCACGGAAGGCGCCCGAGUCAAUUGGACCAUGGUGAUGUACCGGUCAUUGAACCCUUGGUGGCGUACCAACCUUGAACGGAUGUUGAGCAGAGAUCGUAACGGGUUUCAACCAUGCGAGCAACAGCCAACAGCAGUAACCACACGGUAGUAGUGCGGUCUCAUCUCGCUCGGCCGAACGUUUUCGCGGCUUCGCGGCACCAUUUUGCAGAUUGGCUGCGGCUCGUGUGAGAUUUAAGCAGUCUUUGUGUGUCCUGUGGCGGUUCUGAUGGUUUCAGUAGCUGUUGCAAGGCCACCGUGAAUGGCGGGAUGAUGAUAUAGUAUGGAGGCUUUGGGGACUAUUCUUUGUUACUUACAGUCCAACAGAACCACAUGCCUUUUUGCUGAGCGUUGACAGCACUACUAUGCUACUGGCCAAUGAAUGUAUGCAUACAUCAGUUUGUGGGUGUGCUGCUCUGUUUGUGUUUUGUGUGUGUUCAGAGAAAAUAGUAAAGCUGACACCUACGCUGGUUCAGCUUGUGUGCGUGGUAGGUAAUUUGUGAUUUAGUGGUUGACAAAUGGUUUGUGGUAUCCAAGGGGCGGGCGCACCCCCGCCCUCGGGCAGGUCCAUGAAGACCUGGGGCUCAAACCUGCCAU